AUGUGGUUUUCUUGUAUUAUUAGUUGGAUUAUUGCCCAACGGUGUGGUGAUGGAACGAAAUGUGGUAUCUCUCCUUUUUUUUUCAGAGACGAGGGACUUCAUCGCGAUUUUGCAUGCCUUAUGUAUAAACACAUCAAGAACAAGCUCUCACAAGAACGCAUUCAUCACAUCAUCAGCGAGGCUGUAUCUAUUGAACAAGAGUACCUGACCGAGUCCCUUCCUGUAGAUAUGAUAGGAAUGAACUGUCGUCUUAUGUCUCAAUACAUUGAAUAUGUCGCGGACCAUUUGCUUGUCGAGUUGGGUUGUGAAAAGUUGUACAAGUCCAAAAAUCCUUUCGACUUCAUGGAAAAUAUCUCGAUCGAUGGAAAGACGAACUUUUUCGAGAAGAAGGUGUCCGAGUAUCAACGGCCAGGAGUGCUAUCAACAGAAGAUGAACGUCAGUUCCAACUUGAUGCGGAUUUCUAA